GCUGCUUUAUCGGAUUGUUGCUUGUCCAUUUGCACUGUGCAUGAAACGUCACACUAUAAUCGAAUGCAAGCAAUAUCAUGUCGCUCGAUGCUUUUAUAAUUUUGAGCCGCUCGGUACCAUCAACUGUCAGUUUGUUAUCACGCAGAACAUGUGGGGGUUGCAAUAAUUAUAUAAGUAUGCAUGUGCACUGCACAAUGAAUAAAUUAAUAUCUUUCACUCAGCUAGCAGAUGUUAAGUCCGUUACAGAGACAUGCAAGGUGCACACAUUUUGACCGUUCCUUAAGAAAUUUGCAAACGUUUCCUUAUCAGUGUUCCGCACAUCUGUACUAAAUUUCGCAUACAACAUAUGCACAAAACAGAUAUACUUUCUUUGAACUUCUUACCAUCUAUAUUCAUCAAGUUGAUAAUAUAUAAUGACGAAAAACUGCGUCCUUCUGUUAGUAUCAGUUUGAAACUCCAACAACACUACGACGAUGUCAGCAGAUCAAUCCUCGCCUAUGGCAGCGCCAAACAACAGCGGAACCAAUGACAUUUACACUAACGAGUUGUGGUCCGAGGACGGGGCAAUGGCUAUGCUGGAGGCUGAACUAUUGAGAAGCGACGCUGCACCUGCCGACGCCGGCCUGUUUGAUGAAGAAAACUCAUUAAUGGAACUAUUGACCAGAGCUGAAAAGCAACUCAAGGAGCAAAACCUCUGGCAGCCACUUCAUCAAACGGAUCGACGUCAGCAACAGGUUUCCAGCCCCGAUCUCCCUCCCCCUUCAUCGCCGCAUUGCCAGCAGCUUGUAAUAUACACGUCGCCACCACCCGCCACCCGAGCUGCUGCGAUCCCCCCCGCCUUCACCGUCACAUCACACCAACAAGUCCGGAUACCCCCCGCCCCCACAACAAGAAUCUCCCCCGCCUUCACCGUCACAUCACACCAACAAGUCCGGAUACCCCCCGCCCCCACAACAAGAAUCCCCCCCGCCUUCACAUCACACCAACAAGGUUGUCCCCCCGCCGCCGCUGCCUCCACCGCUCAUCCUUAUAGUCGUCCACGCGCAAUCUUAGGAUCUAACUCUAUGCGACAUGAAUUUGAUUUCGAUGGCCUGAUAAGAUUUUCAGAUCCAUCCCGACGUCGUACAAUUGCGUUAAAACAUUUAUCCGAUGCAUUUCAGUAUCCUGUUUUAGGCGCGCGUGUUGUGCGCUCCUACAACAAGGAUGCUGUUAUCAUUAGGGUAGCAAAUGUAGGACGUCGGGGCAACGAAGAUGCCGAAAUUGAAACAUUCAUGCCGCAUAGAUUUACUGCUAAGAUUACGCGUGCGAAUGUACAGUCAUUUAAUUCAGGUUGCCACAAUUUAAUAAUGCAAGUUGUACAUAAUGAAGGUCGUUCCUCUGAUAUAAGGCUGAAUCGACGGUCGCGACAGCGGCCGUAGAUUCAGCUGAUCAGAGGAACAUUUUUAAAUUAAUAAUAUUUAAAAUUUUAAAUUUUUUUUUUUUUUUUUUUUUUUUAAAUUGUGGCAAUUUGAAUUAAAGGAUUAGGUUUCUUUUUCUUCUUGUUCAAUUAUAAUAAAUUAUAUAUAUAUAUAUGUUGAUUAUUGCACUUCAUUUAACUUACCUUGUGUGUGUGCG